CAGCUGAAACUAUGCUCCGCUGCAUGACUGACAGUGGGAUGUGGGCUUUUUCUCCCCAAGAAAAACCUUUAAGGCCAGUCACGUUUAGACUCUGAGCAGUCCCACUCCAGCAGCCUUUGGUGGUGGUUAGCCCCAGCUGGGCUCAAAGACGGGAGAGACAGAGCGAGACAAAGUUAGAGUUAGUGAAAGAGAGGACAGAGACAGACGAAGAGAACCUUGAGCUGUUACUAUGAACCCUCCUGGGAACACUUAACCUUUCAGUUUGCUGACCGGGUGCUGUGCUGAAGUAAGAUGGCUUCGGACAGAAUGGCAACUCCUCAGAGCAGCUCCAGACAGAGCAGCUCGCUCUCUUCAUCCCCUACGAGUACCCGCAUGCAGUCUCUCCAGGUCGACUCAGUUCAGCGCUGGAUGGAGGACCUCCGCCACAUGACAGAGGUAGAGUGCAUGUGCGUCCUCCAGGCCAAACCCAUUGGGGUGGAUGAGGACACCCAGCAGGGAGAGCUGAUUGUGGCCUCUGGGGUCGGCGCAGGGGACCACGUGGCUAGGAACAACCUGCAGACGCUGCUCCGCCGAGCGUUGGUAGUCAGCACGGAGCUGGGGAAGAUGUUUCAACGACUGGAGAAAGGACGCUGGCAGAGGGUCCACAGCACCGCCGUGAGGGCCAACUGCCAUGUGCGUUCACUGGUGCACGAGUACAGCGCCGCCCGAAGCACACCUCCUGAGAUGCAGAAGUAUGAGAAGUCUCUUCUGGAAAAAUGUAUGGAACUGACCAAUAUUACAGAAAGGUGCCUUCACACCGAUGAUGAGUUCUUCCUGAAGUCCAUGAGGGAGGCCAUCCAUGAGAUCCUCACAGAUGUCAGUGAUUCCUUCAGCAACAUGAUUGACAUGGCUCUAGCCAACGAGAUAAGGGUCCUGAUUAAACAGAUUGACUCAUCAGACAACGUUCACACCAUCGGCAGUGCCAUCAGCAACCUGCUGUCCCUCACCCAGGACGGACCUCAGCUCUGCAGCAUCAUAGCCAAGGAAGGAGCUGUGGUUGCCCUGUUUAAGAUCUGCAGGCAGGACCGCUUCAGAGACCUGUAUGCUCACGCUCUGAGGACAGUGGCCUCCAUCUGCUGUGUGGAGGAGGGCAUCAACCAGCUGGACAAGGUGGAUGGGAUCUUGUGCCUUGCGGACAUCUUGACUGAUGAGAGCAGUGUGGAAGCAGCCAGGGCCGAGGCAGCGGCAGUUGUGGCUCAGAUCACCUCGCCUCACCACACGUCGACGCAGCACCUCGCCAGCUUCCUGGAGAGCAUGCACGACAUUGUCACGGCCCUCAUCAAGUUGUGCGAGAGCGCCUCCUGUGGUGAAGUAUUCCUCCUAGCGUCUGCAGCCUUGGCCAAUAUCACCUUCUUCGACAGCAUGGCCUGUGAGAUUCUGCUCCAGCUGAAUGCCAUCCACAUCCUGCUGCAGGCCUGCAGAGACCGCCAGAGGGUUGACACACCUUACUCCAAAGACCAGGUAGUAACAAUCUUGGCAAACCUAUCAGUACUAGAGCAGUGUGCCUCUGAAGUCCUGCAGGACCAAGGAAUAGAGCGUCUCCUGCUGCUGCUGGGAGAAAAGCCGUCCUCAUCCAGUCCAUCAGAGGGUGCUGCAUGCGAGCGCGUUCAGCAGAAAGCUGCUGUCACUCUGGCUCGUCUGAGCAGGGACCCUGAUGUGGCCCAAACAGCCAUCCAGCUUAAAGCUGUUCCUCGUCUUAUUGAACUGUGCCGCUCCCCUACUGAGAGAAAUAACAGUGACUCAGUGCUGGUUGCUUGCCUGGCUGCCCUGAGGAGGCUGGCAGCGGGGUGUCCAGACAGCAUUGAGGCAACAGACCACCAGCAGCUGAUCAAACCGCGACUAGUCGACUCUUUCCUGCUGUGUUCCAACAUGGAGGAGAGCUUUGUAUGACGGCCUGCACGGCGAGCACUCAUAGUGGAGAGCCGAAUACAUGUACAAGGUCACAUAUAUGUACAGUUUCAUGACACAGAGAGAACUAACGAGCAGUUUCACCCCAAAACAUUGGAGCUUUGAUUUGUCACUUCCUGUUUCCUGAGAAGAUUUUUUAUUUGUCUAAAUGUCGUACAAGACAAGAAUUUGGACAAAUGAAGUGAAACUGUAUCGUGUUGGACAAACGCAGAAGACUUCUAUAUGUAUAGAAAUGUGAUGCCUAGUGCAACUGUGUUGCCUCUUGGUAACCUGACCAUUUUGGGCCAUAUACACAAUACACACAAUACAUUUUUUUUACUUUUCUGGAGUUGAGUCCCUUUUUCGGGGCCUUCCUCACAUGGUUCAGCAUCAUCAAUUCCCUCCAUAAUAAUGGUCUGAAAAUUUAUUUUUGUGUCAUUUUACAAUCUGGAAAAAAAGAGAAAGAAAACAGAUACACAAUAGUAGAUGACUAACGUUUCAUUUUAAAAUUUGUAAUGUAAUUCGCUGAUAAUUUAAGUAAUAGAAAAUUAUUGCAAUGCAAAUGGUGCCUUGAAGCAACACCAUACAUUUAUGGAAUCCCACCAUGACAGUUUUUGGUACAAAACAUUUUUUGAAAAUGUCUUUAAAUUAUAGUUACUCUAUUUUAUGACAAAACAAAACAUUACAAACAUUCUUUUUUUACCAACUGGAAUCAUUAUGCAUACCAAGAGAGUUAACUGCAAUGAAUGUGUACAAUUUUCUACAAAAAAAAAAAAAAAAAAAGGCAUAUUAGUGUAUUGUAUUCUGCUGGGAAUUUCAUAUCAGUGACUCUAUCAGUAAUUAUUUUGUAUGAGUAGGUGCUUCUUUUUAAAAAUGAAAGUAUAACCUGUUCUAGAAUGAAACACUUUAAAUGCUACCACUGUGCAAUUUAUUUGUGCGAUGUCUGAUGAUAUUGUGUCCAAAGCAUGUUGAGAACAGAGAAAGAAAUAUGUGAUAGCCUUUACAUAUGUGAUAAUACAAUGAAAUGCUUCUGAAACUAAUGCUCACAUGAAGUAUUAAGCAUUUGAAUACAAAAGAUAUACAUCUGUUUAGAUAUAUUACCUUUUUAUGUUUUCAACAGGCAGUCACUUUAUUUGGAUAACCAUUUACAAUUAAAUUAUUACCUUCAGUUUUAACUUUUUACAUGUUUUCAUGCUUGCUAUUCAAGUACUUACAUUGAAAGGGCACUAUUAGUAUUUAAAAUGUUUGACGGAGGCUUGUGGCAACAUGAUCUAUUUGUCCUGGUGUACAAUAUGUUGUUAAAGUGCAUUGUAUGGCAUGUUGAGUUAUUCUCUUAAACUUAUUUGCCAUUGAUAUCAAAUAUUAUAUUUGCCACUGGAAAAGGAAUCUAUUAAAUGGUCUUGGUGUAUUAUUUAAAG